AUGAACCAAAAGAAAACUUCAGAAUAUAUUUUUCAGAUACUAGAUGAAGCCAUUCUUGAAGUAGGGGUGGAAAAUGUGGUUCAGGUGGUUACUGAUAGUGCAGCGAAUUGUGUGGGUGCUGGGAAGCUGAUUGUAGAGAAGUACCCACAAAUAUAUUGGAGCCCAUGUGCAGCCCAUUGUCUAGAUUUGCUACUUCAUGACUUGGCAAAAUUCCCAUGGAUACAUGAAGCAAUCCAUAGAGGAAGAGCAGUGGCAAAUUUCAUUAGAAACCACCGUCUCACAUUGAGUCUAUAUAGGCAACAUGCAUCUAGGGAGUUGUUGAGGCCUUGUGACACAAGGUUUGCUUCAUUUUAUAUCACUUUGAAAAGAGUGAUUGAAGAGAAAGCAGCUUUGAGAUUGGUUGUUUGUUCCAAUGAGUGGGAAAGUUCAGCAUUUUCUAAAAGUGCAAAGGGGAAGAACAUAGAGCAAAUCAUUUUGAGCAGCAACUUUUGGGAGAGUGGAGCAAAAGUUUUGAAUAUAUGUGGACCAAUUGUUGAUGUUCUUCGUAUGGUGGAUGAAGCAGAGUACAUGGAGAUUUGGGAGACAGUUGAUUCCAGAUGGAAGAUGAUGCACACACCUUUGCAUGCAGCAGCAUGCUAUUUGGAGCCUAAGUUAUUUCAUAUUGAUAGACAAGCUAAUCCUGAAAUCAUGCCAGGGUUUUAUGAAGCCAUUAGCAGGUUUGAACAAGAUAGAACAAUUGCAGGUCUAAUUAGAGACCAAAGUUGGAAAUACAGGAGAGCAGAAGGGUUGUUUGGAAUAGAAGCAGCCCGAGAUGAUAUGACACGAGAUGAGGUACCUGGCUAUAGAUGGUGGAUGAGCUAUGGAGCACAAAAUCCUGAACUACAAUGCUUUGCCAUUCGAAUAUUGAGUCAGGGAGCCAAUUCAUCAGCUUCAAAUGACUCCACAUCUUCUUCACAACAACGAAUUUCAGAAGGCAUGGUAACUGGAGUUGCAGAUGAGCCUGAGGAUGACUUUGUGGACGAUGAAUUGGGCAGUGAUACUGAUCAUGAUGAUGCUACAACAGCAACUCAGCCAUGUGCUCUUGACGACCUGGAGCUUUUUUGA